CUAAGAUCUGAUAGUGGACACAAGACCUCAGUGAAGCUUGAAGUACUUAAAUAUUCGACACUCCUCAUCAACAAAAUAUCAUGUCUUCCAGCUCUCGGCGUCAGCCUCCAUCAUGGCCCUCUCAUAUCCAGUACAUCAACGCCCCGCGUUAUCAUUCUUCUGUGCCAGGCCCCGUGCGUUCUCUUCUGAUCAGUGGCACUAAUCCCGCCCCCCAGCAAACACCGAUUAAAUUUCCUUCGACAUCUCUAGUUCGCGUGAGGUGCAUCACAGAACCUUCUCACCCUGCACGAGGACAGCACGGCCUUUUUGCUGUUCGAAAGAUACCUCCUGGGUCACAUAUCAUUGACUAUAUUGGAGAAGUCCAUUGCCAGGAUAGAGCUAGCUCCGACUACGAUCUUUCACUUUUUCGGUCAGCGGAUGGAGAUAAUGUAGGUGUGGAUGCCAGUGUUAUGGGCAAUGAGGCUAGGUUUGUCAACGAUUACCGUGGUAUUCGAAGCAAACCCAAUGCUCUUUUUGUGGAGCGCCGUACGUCGCAAGGCGAACUACGGAUGAGCAUUUGGAGUUCCAAAGAUCUAAUACAAAAGGGCGAUGAGAUCUUGGUGUCCUAUGGAAAAAGUUGGUGGCGCUCCCGAAUAACCCAAACGGACGCGUUACCCGAUUUCGCUUGAUCAAAAACAUCAGGCUAACCACGGUCCGUAUCAUCCGUAUCCUUGUUUCCGGUCGAAUACUGAUACUAAACAACGGUAAUACGUCCAGAGGAGCCCAGAUUGUUGGAUGGUCUAAGCUUGAACGGUAGAUUUGAUAGAGGAUCCGAGCACGGUUAGAAAUGACCUUCCUUGCAAGCGAUUUACGUGUGCUUCUGUAAUUUGAUCAACAGGUUGGACCUAUAAAUCGUGAAUCGGACUGCUAAGCUAUUUUUUAGCUCUAAGCAGGAAUAGGCUACCCGUGUACACAUACUGAUUCGGUAUGCGCGCUUCUCCUCAACGUGCUAGCCUCAUAAAUUCUGACCCUCGAUCUCUCACUUGACGCGUAAAUUCCGAC